AUGGCGACCGAAAAGAGAGAUGCAAAAGGCAAGAAGCUCGCCGUCAUGAACAAGUAUGUCUACGAUGCCUUUUUGUGGACAUUCUCGAUUCUGGUCGAGCUCUUCUUCCGAGAAGUCCAUCCCAGGAGUAGCUGGAAGGUGCCAAAAGAGGGCCCCGUCAUUUUCGUGUGCGCCCCGCAUGCAAAUCAGUUCGUAGACCCUCUCAUGUUGAUGCGAGUUGUGAAGAAGGAAUCGGACCGCCGUAUACAAUUUCUGAUCGCUGAGAAGUCCAUGAAACGCAAGUUUGUCGGCGCAAUGGCUAGCCUGACGGGUGUUGUGCCCGUGGGACGAGCUAUGGACAUGACCAAGCCAGCAAAGGGCAAAAUCUAUCUCCCAGAUCCCAUAAAUGACCCCACUCUCGUUCGAGGUGUAGAUACAAACUUUGAAGACAAGCUGUUCCAGGUUGGUGGUUCGCUCGUUCUUCCAAAAGUAGACAACAAGGCAGCGACUGCAGAGAUUCUUGAGAUCAAAGGCCCGGAAGAGAUUCGGCUGAAGCGUCCCUUUAAAGGAGGUGUCGCAAUGCAGCAACUGACUGGACGCAACGACAUGACCAAAGACGGCACAUUUGUUGGCGGAGCCGACGCGAAAAAGGGAAUUGCUGAUGGCUACGAAGGAACGUCGUUUCAGGUUGCGCCCAAACUCGAUCAAACCGAGGUCUAUGACGCUGUACAUGCGGUUCUGCACCACGGCGGGAGCAUUGGUAUCUUUCCGGAGGGUGGUAGCCAUGACCGUACCGAUCUUCUGCCUCUAAAAGCUGGUGUCGCCAUCAUGGCUCUUGGCACAGUCGCAACCAAGCCGGACUGCAAUCUGAACAUUAUUCCUGUUGGCAUGAACUACUUUCACGCUCACAAGUUUCGUUCAAGGGCCGUUAUCGAGUUUGGAACGCCAAUCCAUGUCCCGCCAGAGCUUGCUAAGAAGUUUGAUGGGCCUGGAAGACGAGAAGCAAUUGGCGAGAUGCUUGAGACUAUUCGACAGGGUCUCAUUGGCGUCACCGUUACAACACCUGACUACGAUACACUCAUGGUCAUCCAGGCCGUCCGUCGUCUUUACAACUCAAAGGGAACGAAACUGCCAUUGCCCAGGGUUGUCGAGUUGAACCGACGCCUUGUCCAAGGAUAUGAGCGCUACAAGGAUGAUCCUCGUGUCGUGGAACUCAAGAAAGAGGUCACAACAUACAACAGAAAACUCAAAGCGCUUGGCCUCCGGGACCACCAAGUUCAGUAUGCAAAGAUGCAUCCGAUCAAAGCCGCAGGUCUCUUCGUCUACCGCCUUGCAAAGCUCAUUUUCUUGAGUUUGCUCGUCCUUCCUGGAACGAUACUCUUCAGUUUAGUUUUCAUUGUUACCAAGGUUGUCUCUGUGAAGAAAGCAAAAGAGGCGCUUGCCGCUUCAAAUGUCAAGGUUCAAGCCAGAGACGUCAUGGCUACGUGGAAGCUUCUUGUUGCCAUGGCAGCCGCACCAGCCUCUUAUGCAUGGUAUGUAUGUCUCGGGCUCUAUUGGUACUCGUACAACAACUGUAACGGAUACCUUCCCGCUGGUAUUCCAAAGCGCUGGCUCAUUCUCCCACAACUUGUUGUAUACAUCACAGUCACUUACGGCGCUCUCCGUUUCGGUGAAGUCGCCAUGGACAUUCUCAAAUCUCUUGGUCCUCUCUGGAAGAUGAUGAACCCUUUUUCGAACAGUGAACUCGUCAGGCUCCAGGAGCGCCGCGAAAAUCUUGCCAAACAGGUCAACGAUCUCAUCAACGAACUUGGCCCAGAGAUGUAUGACGACUUCCACUCGAAGCGCAUCAUUGAAGACCCCUUUAUCCGAGGAGACAAGAACGAGCGUCCUCGUACCCCGCCAGUCAAGUCUGAUGAAGACGCUCGGAUAGAGGCUGGCCAGGAUAUCGAAACGUACGACUACCCCGCCUCACCGGGUUCCAUGAAUGAAAUACCACGCAACGAAUCGUUCCACGACCUGGCAAAUCAGGACUUCUUUUCUAGUAGGCCGCAGACGCCCAAGAAAAGCCAUAGUAGGAGUAAUAGUAGCAUGAAUCUGGGUGGGUUCCAGCUCAAGCCAUUUAGCACUAUUGAUGGAAACAUUGAAGAGGUGAAGAGGAGGCUGACUGAUGGUGUCAAAGUAAGGAGGGGAAAGAGACGAAGCAGUGGGGAGGGAAGCUAUGAUGAUGGUGACGACGAAGAGCCGCUCAUGAUGGGCCAAAAGGGACGGUCGUUUACAAAGUAA